CAUGAUUCUCUUGUCAACACACCAGCCUUGAGCCAGCCAUGAUGCGUGAGCAUUUACUACAGGGAGGUGUUGUGAUGUGCAUUGUGCACUUUCAUGUUCGUCCCAUUGAUGUAUGAACUUCGUUAUCACGCGCGUAAUUGUGAUGCGUGAUGCGUUGUGACUUAAAAAGAAUCGUGACAAGUCAAGAUUGGUGACAAAAUAGCGUCGAGCAAUUCCUGAUUCCUGCGCGCGCGUUCAAAACAACGCGCAACAACAUUUCGGAGCGUCAAGAUCUCGUCGAUCUAUCAGUGAAAACCUCGAGAGCCGCGAAAAUGUUGCAGCAAGAGCCGACGGCGUACGAUCUGGCGUAUCGCGGCAGAACCGCGGCAGUGAAGAUCCUGCUGAGCGAGAACGAGAGGCUGAAGACGCAAACGGACAGCAACGGCCGAAUGUUGAUACACUGGGCGGCGCUGGGCGGCCACGACGACCUGGUCAGGCAUUUGCUGUCCCUCGACGUACCGGUGGAUCCCACCGACGACACAAACAUGACUCCGCUGAUCCUGGCGGCGUCCGCCGGCCGCGAGAAGGUCGUUAACACGCUGCUGACCGAAGGCGCGAACGUGAACGCGACGACGGUCGACGGUCACUCGGCGUUGCAGUACGCCGCGUCUAAGAACUGGAAGUCCAUCUGCGUGGCGUUGCUCGAGAAGAAUGCGGACGUGAACAUCGCGGACAAACGGGGUGCCACGCCUCUUCACAGAUCCGCCUCGAAGGGCAACACCGGCAUCGUCGAGCUCCUCAUGGAGUGCGGGAAGAAAUUGAACAUCGAUCAGAGAGACGCGUAUGGUAACACGCCGUUGCAUCUCGCUUGCGAGGAGAACCGCGUGGAAGAAGCAAAACUGCUGACGGCGCACGGCGCGGACUUGACGAUCACCAACCGGGAGCGCAAGACACCGUUGGAUCUCGCGAGUCUCGGAUUGGCCCGACAGCUCGAGGAAAUCAAGCGGGGGACUGCGUCAAAGUGAAAUGCUCCCUCGCGCGAAUUUUUCGUACGAGAGAUUUAUUUUUACGCGAUUUAAGUUUCAUUAAAUAAGUCUCCAAUAAAUUUAUUCAUGAUUAAGA